AUGCCGUCCUUCGCCCACACGCUCGCCGCUUUCACCCUCCUCGCCAUCUCCAUCUCCCCAUCAGCAGCUGCACCAGCCAGCCAACUCUGCGAGCGCUCUACUCUCACCAAACGCCAAGAGUCUGGAGGUCUGCUAUGUCUCUACCUCACCAACGACAUCAACUGGGCUGGCGAGGGACUGAACUUGUGUCAGGUGGCUGGGACGUGCUCUCCUGCUCUCCCCGACGGCCUCACAGCAAACAUCUCCUCGGCCGGCCCGGUCGAAGGCGCGGCUUGCUUUCUUUAUGAUGCCCCAGACUGCGUCGGCGCGCGUUCGGAUCCGAUCGUGAACCCGGGCUACGGCGAUCUGAGGGAUAUUGGGUUCGACAACAAGGCCAAGAGCUGGCGGUGCUGGCAGCUGUGUGGAGAGAACGCUUCGUCCAGCAGUUCUGCGGCGGCUUCCACAACUUCCUCCUCUUCGAGAGAGGUCAUGAUCAGCACAACACUCUCCGGCCCGAGAGGCAAGACAACAAGCUCUGACGUCUCAAUCUCGACGACUUUGUCUGAUUCGCCGACUCGCCGGGGUGCUGCGGCGGCUGGAAAGGUGGAGAUCACGACGACGCUCAGAGGACAUCAGCCUCUGGCAUCGAUUGGCGAUACCGCGGCUCCCAGCUCUACGACCAGCUCUGGCGAAGUUUCGAUUUCAAGCACUUUGUCUGCCGUACCAUCUCCUGGUACGUCUAGCUCAACCUCGAGCAAGCGUAGCUCUCUGUCCGGUGGCCCGACGCCGUUUGCUUCGCUAUCACCCACGUCCGCGACGACAAGCACGCACAGCUCUCUGUCUGGUGCUCCGACGCCGUUCGCAUCUCUACCCUCGUCUUCCAGCUCGGUGACCGCGAUCACUCUGAGCGGCGGCCCGAUCCCAUUCGCCGCUCUUACAUCCUCAUCAACAGCAAGCACCUUCGCUAUCAGCGUCGCAACACCAGAUCCGGGCUCCAACAACAGCACUACCAGCAGCACCGCUUCGACCGUGGCGAACGUGAGCGUUACUUCGAUCAUUCCUUCGAUUCCCACGCCGACGAAUCUCGGGAUGUUCACGUCGGUGAUGACGAUGACGCAUACGUUCGCGGACGGGAGUACGACGUUGGUGACGACUGCGCUUGUUGAGCCGAUUUUGCCGACGGUGGGUGUGGAGUGA